ACAAUAAAAAGCCAUCUACAAACAAAUAAAUCAUUUUUUUUGUUUGAUUGAUUGGAUCGAUCAUUCAGAAGCAGCAGCAAAAAAAAUGUCUACAUUAUUUCAAACACUUCGAAGAAACAAUUUCUUCCUAUUCGAUGUUUAUAUUGUUAUAUUUUUAUUUAGCUAUGCAAUGGAGAUUCUUACGAUCAACUAUUUGGUGCAGGAUAAAAUAUGCCGUAUCCGUUAUAAUCAAAGUAAAUUUUUCUGUCAACAUAUUCAUGAAGAUAUUUUUAAUGGUGAUGAAAAAAUUACCAAAGAUCAUAUUCUAUCUGCGGCUGCCUUGUAUAAUAAUUACAAAAAUAUAAUACAGGCUAUACCAAUGUUUAUUUGGUCAUUAUUUUUUGGUUCAUUUUUGGAUCGACAAACCGGUGCAACCAGAAUGAUAUUUGCCUGGAUGAAUAUAAUCGGUGUAUUGACUACGGCUUUUUAUCUGAUAAAUAUUUUUAAUUUUUCCAUUGAUCCAUAUUAUUUAUUAUUGGCUGGUAUAUCUACCUGUUUGACUGGUAGUAUGGCCACUUUUUUAACUGUUACUCAUCGUUAUAUUAUUAUCAAUACUGAUCCAGAAUAUCGCACUAUAAGGUUUACUAUAUUUCAAAUCAGUCUAUUAAUGGCUAUAUCAUUGGGUUCAUUGCUUGGUGGUAAUCUAAUUCAUUCGGUUUCGGAUCGUGGUGAAUUAUUACGAAAUUAUGAUCUCAACAUGUGGAUCGGUUUAGCUUUGCAAGUUGGUUCCUUCUUCAUGAUUUUAGUUAUUGGCAUUGAUCGAAAAGUAACUGAUCCAAUAAAUUCACCAGAAAACGAUGAAGAUAAUGAUGCAACUAUUGUCGAUGAAAUUGAUAGAUCAAGUCCUGUAUUAAGUGGUGAUCGAGAAUCAUAUUCAUCCAUAACCGAUACAAAUAUCGAAUCGACAACAACGGUCAUAAAAUUUUCAUUAUGUCAACAUGUCAAAUGUGCAUUUAGUUCAUUUUUCGACAUUGAGAAUGUUCGACAAACAAUUCGAUGUCUAACUAAACCACGAAUUAAUCAAAUUCGUGAACAAAUCAUUCUGCUCAUAUUGCUACUAUUUCUUCAAUUUGUCAACUAUCUUGGAUUGGAUUCAAUGUUUUUACAAUUCUCUCAAAAAGUUUAUCGAUUCGAUUCGAAAACUUAUGCGAAUGUAACUGCAUUUUCUAAAAUAAUGCCAAAUAUCAUAUUAUUCAUAAGUUCACAUGUUCUAGUCAAAUGUCUUAAAUGGAAAGAUGGAACCAUUUUUGCUAUAACAUUUACAGCUGCAUUGAUAAGUCAAAUUUUAAUAGGUACAUUCACUAAUCCAGCUGUUUAUCUAGCAGCAUUGAUUAUUGGAUCAAUUGGUGGAUUAUCAUCGAUUGUAAUGAAAACGAAAAUUGCUAGAUUGAUUCCCAAAGAUGAAGUUGGUAAAAUUUUCAGCCUAAUAUCAACAUUGGAAUCAUUAGCACCGUUUUUUGGUACAUUAAUAUUUUCCACCAUAUUUUCGGCCAGUGUUUCAACCUAUCCCACGCUAAUUUAUCAUGCUGCUGCAGCUAUGACAUUGGUUUGUUUGAUAUUAGCUCUAUUUCAAGAUUUAUAUUUUCAUAAUCAAUAAAAAAAAAUCUGAAAAAAUUAA